AUGGCGUACCUUCCCUCUUUCAUUUUGAGCGACGAGUCCAAAGAGCGCUUCAGCAAAGUGUUCAGCUUGUCGCAAACUGUGGCCCAUUACGGCUGGUUGCCAUUUGUGCUAUAUCUAGGAUGGGCCCACACCGCUAACAGACCAAACUUGUUCAGCUUGUUGAGUCCCUUGCCAAGCGUUUAG